AUGGCAUACAAACUUAUUGUGAGAAUUGAUUGUUCUAUUGGAAAGAUAUGUCUUCGUAGAGUGAUGAGUGCUGCUGUUGGUCCUGCCACUGAUUCUAGUCGAGCACAAGAGUUAUUGAAUAACACAAAGAAGUCCCGGGCUCAAUUUAAUGUGGAUGAUCUUGUAUCUAAUCCAGGGAUAUGCCCUCCAUCGAGUCAUAUGAUCCAAAUAUCAGAUGUUAGGAUGGCAUACUUGAAGAAGGGUCCUUGUCAACCAUAUGGACAUGAUUUUCCAAAAAGACCGAUGGGGAAUGAUAAUAGAUGUUUUCGAAAAGAAUGGUUCUCCAAAUUUCAUUGGUUGGAAUACAGUAUAGAAAAGGAUGCGGUGUAUUGUUUGCAUUGCUACUUGUUCAAACCCGAUAGAGGGGAUCAAAGGGGUGGCCAUAUAUUUACUAAGAUCGACUUUAGGGGUUGGAAGCACAAAAAGACAUUGAAAGAUCAUGUCGGUCUCUUUGAUAGUGCUCAUAAUCAAGAUUUUGCAAAGUGUACCAACUUGAUGAAUCAAAAGCAAAGUAUCUCCUAUGUCAUGUCUAGCCAAAGUAGUAGUCAACAACAAAGUUAUAGGACCUGGUUGAAUGCGGUGCUAGAUUCUCGUUGUCAAGGAAUUAAAGAAGUAUUAUUUAGUAAUGCUCCUGAAAAUGACCAAAUGACUUCACCAACCAUCCAAAAGGAUUUGGUUAAUUGUUGUGCCAUAGAGAUGACAAGUGUUAUUAUCAAUGAGAUAGGUGAUUCUUUGUUUUCAAUUUUGGUUGAUCAGGCUCGUGAUAAUUCUAUGAAAGAACAAAUGGUAGUUGUUUUGAGGUUUGUUGAUAAAAGUGGGCAAGUGAAGGAGCAUUUUUUAGGUAUGUCCCAUGUCACUAAUACUUGUGCCCAAUCAUUGAAGGAUGUCAUUGAUGCAAUGUUUUCUACACAUGGGUUGAGCAUAUCUAGCCUGAGAGGUCAAGGCUAUGAUAGAGCAAGUAAUAUGUCAAGUGAGUCCAAUGGGUUGAAAGCUUUAAUUCUAAGAGAGAACCCACAUGCUAUGUAUGUUCAUUGCUUUGCUCACCAGCUUCAGUUGGCAAUUCUUAAUAUUGGGGAACUUACUAGUGGAAGUGGUCAGUUUCAAGAAAUGAGUUUGGGACGCCCAAGUGAUACUAGGUGGGGCUCACAUCUACUAACAAUUACUCGUUUCAUUAAUAUGUUUAAUGCUAUCAUAGAUGUUCUUGAAAAUAUAUUAGAAGAUGGCGUACAUUCAGAUAAAAAAUCUUCAGCCAACCUCAGAGAGAAUGGUUGUGAUACUUUGUUGAGUAGGGUGAUUGAGUUUUAUGUUGAUAGACAUAUUUUAGUACCCAAUAUGGAGGAUAUUGUAGGAGUGAAAGGUCGACCUAGGCAUAUAGCUCAGCAAUUCUAUCCUUUGGACUUCAAUAGUGAAGAGCUUUUAUUACUUAGACUUCAGCUUGAUAAGUUUCUUUUGCUUGUGAGAAUGGACGAAGCUUUCUUUAAUCUCAAUAGCAUAUCUUUUAUAGCUCAGUUGCUCACCUUGGCAUUGAUAUUACCUGUGGCAACUGCAAGUGUUGAAAGGGUAUUUUCUGCUAUGAAUCUAAUCAAGAGUGAUUUACGCAACAAAAUGGGAGAUGACUGGUUGAAUGAAAAUUUGAGCACUAAACUGAGGGCAAGAUACCUGGAUCUUGGAAGGAAGGCACUGAUCUGUUCCAAAUCUGAAAAAUUUGUUGGAACUGCUUUUAAGCAGGAUGAAGGAUAUUGA